CCGGCACGUGAAUGAAGACGAGAAACAGAAAAGGACAGCGAAAGAGAGGAAGAUGCACUCCAAAGGCUACAUCCGCAAAGUGCAAAGGACAACAGGAGAGAACAGAGGAACCCAAGACAAGAGCUGGAUCGUCCCGCAGAAGACACUAAUCACAGAUGAUUUUGGGGGAAUUGAAUGCAAUUUGAGCGUUUAAGAUGAUUUAAAAUCACUACCAUGGAGCUCAGCAUCGAUCCAGACGCCCGUCUGUCCGUUCCGGGUCAGACUGCAAACGUCUCCGCCUCGUCGCCUUUGCUUAAACAGACUCACGCAGGCGGGUUUAAGAAAGUGUGUCGGAUCGAAGAGGAAAGCACGUGUCCGUUCCCUAGCCUGCCGGCAGAUGUGCUGGAAAUGAGGGUGAAGGAGGGCAGCAAGAUUCGCAAUCUCAUGGGUUUCGCCAUGGCACGCAUGCAGAACGACGCCCGGAACGCCGGUCAAACCGGACUGAGACAGGUCGUGUUCACCGGGUCCGGACGGGCCGUGACCAAAACCAUCACGUGCGCCGAGAUCAUGAAAAGAAAGCUCGGCGGCCUCCAUCAGAUGACCAAACUGCAGUACAAGGGUCUGCGAGAGGUCUGGGAGAGCCAAGAAGGAGGCGAUUCGGAGGUGACCGUCCACCGGACGCUUCCCUCCAUCAGCAUCCUGCUCUCCAAAGACCCGCUGGACCCACUGGAACCGGGUUACCAGCCUCCGGAGAACAGCUUGUGGGAGGAGAGGAACGGAGGAGAAGCUUCGCAGGCGGCGGAGAAACGAUCUGUAGACUCGUCUGAGACUCUGACGGAGCCGCAGGCGAAGAGAGUCUGUCUCUGAGGAUCAUUAAAGAUGGUCGUUUGCACCGAAACUCUCUCAGAAACAGCCUGACUGACUUUCAUAACCAAACACACAUGCACAUCACAUCACAGUCUUGAUUUAGGAGUUUAAAUCCAGGUUUUGAGCAUGCAAGAUAUAAUCAGAUGAGCAUUCCCUGGAAAUGCAUGGACUGAAAAUGCAUAAUAAACAUUAUUUAAAAAUACGAUGAGCAAAAAUAUUUGUAUUU